UCCCGUAAGUACUGACAGCAAUAUCUAGCGCUCAUGACAAAAUUUCGUAGAACAGAAUGUCUGGCUUGGCAAAGCAGACGGGUGUACUGUUUGGAAAAAUCGUUACAGUAUUUUGACAUUCAUGCCUCCCACUGCUCUCGAAAUCAAGGCACGUUUAGAUAAAGCAGUAGAUCCCGAAGGCAAUGUGCUGAACAUGGAGGUUGUACUUGAAGUUGUAUCCUGCCUAGAGAGGCUAGCAAUGACCUCUGAAGCUCUUGAGGUGACUCGAAUUGGGCGAACAAUAAAUACCAUGCGUAAAAAAACUCAAAAUAAGGAGUUAGCCAAAAGAGCCAAAAAGCUUGUUGAAAAGUGGCGAGCUCAAGUUUUAAGUAAUAACCAUAUACGUCGUGCACUUAAUAAUGAUUCUCCAACAAGUAUAGUAACAAACGGUUCAACUGCUGUAGUUAUACCUAAAGAUAAAAUUCUCAUAGAAAAGUCCAUAGAGCAAACAGAAGAUAUAAAAUUAUCCAGAAAACGCAAAAAACUAAAGCCUGACUGUUCUCCUUCAAACAACUCCGUAAAUAAUUCUUUCUCGUGUAAACUUAAUUAUAAUACAUUAACUAUCAAUAAAGCUGAUUCCAAGUUAAAAUCAGUUUCUAAUACAACUCUUUCCCAAGUUACAAAUUCUAAGAAAAUGGUAAGCAUAAAACCAAUUCAAACUGUUAAAGUAUCUGAUUCUAAAAUAAAAUCUAAUUCUCAUUCUAAUGCAGCACUAUCACAAGUAAUGAAUUCUACAAAAACGGUUAGUCCAAAACCAACUCAAGUUUCAAAAAUAACUAAUUGCUUAUCCAUUGAUAAACAACUGCUUGUCAAAAAAAAAGUUGAAUUGCAAAAUGAAAAUAUAUUUGUGCCAUCACCUUUAGAUGCAAUUCAUACCUCAAAUACAAUACUUAGUAAAACAGAAAGUAACAUUAAUUUUAACACAAAUAGUGAUGUGAAAAAUACUUGUAUAAAUAAAGCUCAAAGUGUUACUCCUGAAAAAAAAAUUAAUAAAAUCAAAGACUCUUCUCCUCGUCUUAUUACAAACUAUCAUAAGGAAAUUAAUGAUAUUAAUACAAGUAAAAGCAAAAUAAGGACUAGUGAAGAUGCAAUGAAUUUAUUUCAUCAAAACUUUCUCAAUGAAGAUAUCGAACUACUUAACAACAACAUAGAAAUAGAUAAAAAUAAUUUUGAAAAACAUAAAGAUUUAAUACUAUUCGAAUCUCACUCUAUGACUAUUGAACCUGAGGAUUUAGCAGUUUGUCGAAAAGAACAUCCAAAUAAUAUAGUGAACCCUGAGAGUUUAGCUGAUGGUAUUAAUGGUGUAUAUGAUAAAGACGGGGUUUGGAAAAGUUGGACAGAGCAUUUGUAUCUAAGAAAUAAUACGUUAUGCAUAUUGCCAUAUGUUGUUUUAGAAUGAUUUUUAUGUUAUAAUUGUGUUUUUUUAAAUUAUAUUUAUUUACCAAAAAGCUUUUAAAAAAAGAGAGAAAUAGUUAAAAAUUUAUUUUUUAUGACGUUUUUGACAGUUGUUAUAAAUGUCUUUGUUUUAUAUUGAUAAAUAGACGCAACAUUUUCUUAUA